AUGGAUUUUAAAAAUCUCUUCUUUUACAUCUUUGUGAUUUCGAGCGUAAUGCUGAGUUGUUGCAUAGAUUCUGCUAUAACAAAAAUUGCUUAUAAGAAACCCAUACAUAUUAAGGAUAAAUCCUAUAGCAAGGUUAAAAAGGACAUUUUAUUGGACAUACAAACCACGGAUAGCACUAUGACUUUAAUGUCAAAAGAAGAUGAUGAUUUAAUAGCAACUACUCCUUACACCAAAGAAACCGCCUUGUCUUCUUACACAGAUUCAUUUGAAACUACUUCCAAAGAGGACACCACCACCUCAACAGCAAAUGCACCACGUGAAGAUCUAUCCUGUACCUGUGGCAUUUUCUUAAGCUCACAAUUUGUUAAGGGUUCCCCUGAGCCACCAAAAGGUGAACCCGUUAUCUCUACUACUCUGGAACGUUCAUUUGUUUGCAAUGCCAUUGGCCAGAAACAGUGUCAAACUAAAUGUUUGGAACAGAUUGUUCAACAUUUACCUAAUUCAGCUAAUAUCUUGUGUGCUUCGUUGGAUCGUGAUAUAAGAAAGGAAAGAGCCUAUUUGUUUGUACGCAAUUGCGGCAAUAAAUGGUAUAAUACAAAUUUAGCUGCCGGUAGAGAAUAUUGCUGUAAAAAUGGUUUACCCUAUAACUGUUCCAAGAAAUAA